CAAAGACCAAACACUAGCAACUCCUGAUCUGCAUACCAUCUAAUCUUCAGUAUCCCCAUUCAUUCAUCCAUUGUUCACCCUUCACUUGACAUAAACAAUAGAUGAGCACACGGGAUUGUGCCAGCCAGCCUACUUAUUAAGCUAGCACACGUGCCAGCUGCAAAUUGAUUCAUCUGGAGGUGCAGAUCGAUCGAUGGGUUAGAUUUCUGGAGCUUCUUGUCUCUGCAAGGCCUUCAUACAAACACUAGUUAUCAUGCCUCGAGAGUAUAUUUAUCCGGACACCAUCGAAGAUGCGGUGCAAACAAUCAUCCCUCAUCUUGAGGAUACGAUCAGUACUGCACACAAGGCCAUCUAUUUUGAUGGAUGGCAAGGGUUGGGUGCUUCAGCGGUGCUUAGAGCCAUAGCCAAAGACCCUCCGUCGUCUCUGCUGAAGAAAUUCAACAAGAUAGUCCAUGUUGAUUGCUCGAGGUGGAAAAGCAGACGAGCACUGCAGAGGACAAUCGCACAUGAACUACAGCUUUCUCAAAGGGUAAUGGAUAUGUUUUAUAGACAAGAUGAAGAAGAUGAUUUCAAAGGGGUAGACGAAAGCUCCAGGGAUGAGAUACAAGAUGUUGGGGCUGAGAUCCAUCAUGCAUUAGGACAACACUUUUGUUUAUUGGUAUUCCAUAAUGGGAGUGACAACACAGUUGACUUCAGCGAUUUUGGCAUUCCCCAACCUGUCAUGAGUCAGUGGUACCUGUUUGGUACUAAAUUAUUGUGGACAUUCCGAGGAAGGCUUCGGCUCAACCAAGGAGUCAGUGAGAAGGUGGGUAAUUCACAUCUUUUUCUUUAUCGUGAGUUGAUUCCUCUAGGGUGGAAUUAUUUGUUGAAAAAAGAGGCUAGAGAAAUUGUUGGGUGCACGGAUAAGCUUGCUGAAGUAGCCGAAGAGUGUUGCUUGUAUAUGCUAGCACUAAAUUCUCAAGGAGGUGACAUCAUAGACUACAACUGGGCCACCCAUGCUUCUAGCUAUUGGGUUUGUGAUGGGAUUAUACAAGGAGGUCAGGGUGAUGAAGCAUGGGAGGUUGCAGCUGAUCUGCAUCAGCGGAUAUGUAUAGAGGAUUAUUCAUCUAAUGCACUGCCCUCUUUUGGUCAUGAACUACAAACUUCCCCGAAACGGUGGAUAUUCUCCAGGGGCAACUCUGUUGUGCAUCCAGAGUCAACGUCCUUUUUUCUUGCUAUAGCCGCAAGCAAAUCUGAUCCUCCAUUAAGACUGUUACCUAAUGACAUGUUCCAUAAACCAGACAAGCUCCGUGUGCUCAAGUUAUGCCUUUGCACCUUCAACUUUUCUUCACCUCCUUUCAGUUGUUGCCGCAACUUAAGGUUCCUUGGAUUAGAUGGCUGCAAAGAUGAGCGAGCGAAAGAAGAUGAGAAGCAAGAUAGACUAGCAAUUGAAUGUUUUCAGAGCAUAUGGGUACUAGACAUAUGCCACACGGAUUGGGAAUUUGCCUUGUCACCAGAGAUAACAGAGAAUAUGGCUGGAAACAUUAGAGAGGUACACAUAAAGAAGGGAAGGAUUUGGAUCCAUAGUUUUUCAUGGAGACAACUGCAAAACCUUCGCAAGCUUCGAGUAGUUGAGCCUACAUGCCCUUGGGAGACGGGCAAAAAGGAUGAAUUUACUAACAUGGUGAAGAUGGAGUUUCUCGACCUUUCUUGGAAUACUACAAUACAAGUUUUGCCAAGUCUGUCACGGGAAAGUAGUAUCAAGACUCUGGUUCUAGAUGGUUGUGUUGGAUUGGAGCAUGUUGAAGGACUCCCUCCAUCACUUGAAUCAUUCAGCUUAGAUGCAGGACUAACAGAGGAUGAUUACAAGAAAGCCAAAUUAAGCCGCAUCUCCAUGGCCGGCUGUGCAAGAUUGUCUGACUUCACAUUGCGUGGAUCACUUCCAAACCUUGAGGAACUAGACCUCUCAGACACAAAAGUCAAGACACUUGACCUCGAAAAUGAGGUGGUGCAGGUUCCAUGUCUCAAACAAAUUAUUCUAUUGAGAUGUAUGCAACUCCAUUCCAUUCUAUGGCCAGAAGUGGGUCUGCCAACACUGACAGUGCUGCAUAUUGAUUCCUCAGUCUAUCCUAUUCAAACAAAACUACAUGAAGUGUAUGUUAGUAUAGUGGACAUAAGAUUUUUUCAGUCCUUGGUAUUACGAAGCAAUCUCCAAUUCUGUUGGAAGAGCAAUAGGUUCCAUCUAAAUCUUUGUGUACCUUGUACCACAAAUGUUAAGGAACAAAGUUAUAUGAAGGAGAAGAUGGGCCCUGGUAAUAGUGGGAAAAUAAUGGGUCCCCCUCAACCGAAGUCAUUAAACCCCAAUACUUGCAGCACCUACAUUGAUGUCCCUAUUGGCAACAUAAUUAUUGAUCACAACUACAACAGUGGAAUGCAGUUUCAGCCAUCGGGCUGCCAUGUGGAGAUUGGUAAGGGAGUUAGCAACGCUAGCAUGGAGAGUGUGCAAGCAAUCAAGGCUAUCAUCUUUGCACUGAAUGAAGCCAAGUCGUUGCAUGUGCAUGACAAUUCUUCCAUCACCACUAUUAUCACUGAACACAUGAUGUCUAGAGCUGGGAUUGAUCUUGACUGGAAACAUCUAAAACAUUGUCAUGUGGUGAGAUGCCCCAAGAUGCGCAUAGUCUUCAAGACUAACUAUGGUGGGUACCCCUUUACAGAAAUAGAGACCUUUUGGGCAGCUGAUCUACCAAUGUCACACUGCAUUUGGAGCAAAGGAAAGACCUACAGUGGCACGGAAACUGGGUGCUUUGCCAAACUGCGGAGCAUACACCUAUACUCUUGCCCAAGACUCACAUUUGUGCUUCCAUUAUUGUGGGGUAUUCAAGGAUCAUACUUGCACAAAUUAGAAAGUCUCCACAUUGUCAACUGCAGUGAUCUGAAGACGGUGUUCCCUGUUCAUCCUGGCCUCAAAGGAAAUGUACUUGAGUUCCCAAGGCUGAAGCACAUCCAGCUAUAUGAGCUCUAUAAGUUGGAGCAUAUAUGUGAGGUCAAGAUGCAUGCUCCCAAGCUUGAGAGGGUAUGGCUCAGGGGCUGUUGGAGUCUCAGGCGCCUCCCAGCGGUUGGCGGAGAUAGCCGUCGCCCCGUCGUGGACUGUGAGCAGGACUGGUGGGAGAAGCUGGAGUGGGACGGGCUGGAGGCUGGCCACGAUCCAUGCCUCUUCGAGCGGCGCCACUCGUCACAUUACAAGAAGCCCUUGCCCAGAGUUUCUGUGCUUCAGUGAAGUGACCGUACUAUUCAGGCUUGGGGCAUGGUGGCAAGACCUAUGACAAGGGCGGUGGACGCCUUGCUGCUUUUCACUGCCAUGACGGUUCAAGCCAAUAAACUGGUGUUUGCUUCCCAAGAUAUGGUGGAUGCAUGUGUGUUUCCUUGCUUAAGAAAGAAUAAAGUGGUGCUUGAUCAUGCAUGCACCUGCAUGCAUGCAUGCUUAGUCAUCUCUUUGUGUGUGUCUCCACUCUCCGGAGAGAGUGAGAGAGACGACUUAUGUAUCAUUGUAUUGGUUGUGGUUUGUUUCCUGUUUAUGUGUGUGCCAAAGCCCAGAGAUUUCAUUCAGAUUCAGUACAGCUAGCAGCUUGUGUACGUGCGCUGGACUGAAAAUGCAUGCAUGCAUGUCUGGGUGUGAUGUACUCCUAAGUACUACAUGGAUUCUUAUAUAUCAACUGGGUAUGUAUUUAUUAAUUUAUUUCGUUCUAGCAGGUUAGCUUUAGCAUUCUG